AUGGCUGGAAUGGAGAAUAUCGAGGUGCAUAGCAAGUCGUACCUUGUAAGAUGGGUGAAUGUCAACUCAGGACAUACGAUAUCAUGGAGCAUUCAACCACACAAGAAAUCAAUCAACUUCGGUAUCUUCAAGCACCCAGGAACAGCGACCGGCGCAACUCCACAACUACCCUCCUCUGCGACUGUCGAAGCCGGACCUGGUACGCCUACCCUCGAGCCACCUACAACGCGCGGACGCGGAGCUUCGACGUCACGAAAUGACAGGACGGUUGUAUUAGAUAAGCUUGCGGCUAUCGGGCUGAAGCAGGUGCAUUGGCAUGGGAAAUGCGAGGCAGAUCUGGUGUCCAUGGGCACAUACGACGUGCCAGCAGGCGAGGGUGGCAUGUAUGGAUUGGUCUUUGACAACACCUUCUCCAAGACCGUUUCCAAGACAGCCACCUUCGUACUCAUGACAUACCCGACGAAUGCGGCGCCCAAAUCUGGCCAUCACAUGCACUAUGCGCAGGCCAUGGCAGGUGCGAGCACAACGAGCCUCCCCAAAUCGAGCCCCUCUAUGGGCCCCGUCGAAUCCUCCGAAUCUUUACCACAAGCCUACACCGAGCGACCCAAAUCACAAUACGGGCAGAAACAAGGAAGUCUUUCUGGCGGUUCAUUCCUGACCGGAGUGCUGCAGAAGAAAAGGAGAAAGAGGAAUCAGGGCUAUGCCAGGAGAUUCUUCUCCUUGGACUUCACAUCUUCUACACUCUCCUACUAUCGAAACGACCACUCCUCAGCAUUACGUGGAGCCAUACCUUUGUCCCUGGCAGCCGUUGGGGCGAACGAGGAGACACGGGAGAUAUCCGUUGACUCUGGCGCUGAGAUCUGGCAAUUACGGGCAAACAAUGCGAAAGACUUCCAGAUGUGGAAGAAUGCGCUUGAUCGCGCAUCAAGAUCAGCUUCGGAUAAGGGAGCCAUGGCUUCACCAACCCUGCAAAUCAAAGAUAGUCCAUUCCAAAGCUUUGGGCAUGUUGUGAAUGCGGCCGAAGAGAACGAAUGGGCAAGGGUCGAGGCCUUGGUGGGCAGAGUCUCUGGUACAAGAGACGCAGUUCGAAGGCUGGCUCAGGAUACCGAUCCCAAAUAUGGUGCAUCGUCAGCGAUAAGCGUCAGCAAGAUGAACGAUAGUCUUUCUCCAACACCCUCCGAAACGGAGUCGGGCGACUACUUCCCAGAACAAAAGGCUCCCGAGAAGAUGGCUUUCUGGAAGCGCAAGCCCAGCAGUUCUGGCGUUCAAAGUCCGUCUGGUAUUUUCAAAAGGAGUGUGUCGGCGCAAGUAGGUGGUGCUGCAUCACCUGGAGCCGUUCCUCCUGUACCGCCUCUGCCCUCAAAUGCGUCGGGAAAUGGCACCCUGGCAGUACCCAAGCGUAAUGGCCGUGCAAGCACAAUGAGCUACUCGAGCCACACGAGCCACACACAUGAGGAAAGCGUUCACGACAACUGCAUGGCUCUACUCAAAGAUCUGGACUCUGUCGUCAGGGAGUUUGCUGAUCUGAUCAGCGAAAGCAAACAACGACGGAUGCCUGCGCCUGCACCGCUCUCGGCCGUCACAUCACGUCAUAGCUUCGAAUCAGUAGCUGAAUCUGUUGACGAGUUCUUCGAUGCUCCAGAUGGCGACGUCAACAAGUCACAGCUCCUCACCAUCCGCCGCGAUAGCGAAGAGGAUAGGCGCGAACGUGAACAAUCGCCAGACGACGACUCGGAUGGCGAAUCGGAGUCAUCUUCAGAAAAUGGCAGCGUUGGCAUGUUAGAUCGGCCUCGCAUGUCACGGGAAACUACUCCAGCUCUCUUCCCUACUCGGCCCAAGUCGCUUACACCACUGCCGCUUGACCCUGUCAAACGUCGGGGUACAGUUCCAGCCCCGAAGGUUCAGCCUCCGAGUCUUAUCGCCUUUUUCAGAAAGAAUGUCGGCAAAGAUCUAUCAACUAUUGCAAUGCCAGUAUCAGCUAACGAGCCCACAUCUGCACUACAACGACUGGCGGAGCAAUUGGAAUACAGCGAGUUGCUUGACGCUGCAGUGGUUGCCACACCAGACAAUGGUGAGCGUCUAGUCUACAUGGCUGCAUUCGCCAUUUCAGCAUUCAGCAACGCCCGUGUCAAGGAUCGUGCUAUUCGUAAGCCUUUCAACCCCAUGCUCGGUGAGACGUUCGAACUCGUCCGCGAAGACAAGGGGUUCCGCUUCUUCGCAGAAAAGGUCGUCCACCGCCCCGUCCGCAUGGCAUGUCAAGCCGAAGCUCAAGAAUGGACAUUUGUGCAAUCCCCAACCCCAAUGCAGAAAUUUUGGGGUAAGAGUGCAGAGAUCAACACCGAAGGUCGCGUUCGCAUCUUCCUACACAGUUCAGGUGAACACUACUCCUGGACGCUCGCAACCUCCUACCUACGCAACGUCAUCGCGGGUGAAAAGUAUCUCGAGCCCUCCGGCACCAUGACCAUCAUCUCAGAAACCACCGGCGCAAAAGCAGUCUGCACCUUCAAAGCCGGCGGUAUGUUCGCCGGCCGCUCAGAAGAAGUCUCCGUCCAGGUUUUCGACGCCACCGGCUCCGUCCUUCCCAUGGGCGCAACAGGAAAAUGGACUACCGACCUCCAACUUACAUCCAACGGCCAACCCACCGGCAAGACAAUCUGGAAAGUAGGCGACCUUGUCGAUAAAGCCGAGAAACACUACGGUCUUACUACGUUCGCUGCUGCUCUCAAUCAAGUCACGGCUAUCGAACAGGAUCACAUGGCUCCCACGGAUUCCCGCCUCCGACCCGAUCAGCGCGCGCUCGAAGACGGCGACGUGGAUAAAGCCGAAGCCCUGAAAGCGCGACUUGAGGAGAGACAGCGCAGUCGCAGAAGGGUCAUGGAAGAACACGGUGAGGAGUGGAAACCACGCUGGUUCACCAAGGUUGGAGCUGUGGAAGCUGCGGCGUUGGGCGACGAGGAGGUGUGGAGACUCAAGGGCGGCAAGGACGGGUACUGGGAGUGUAGGGAACGGGGCGAUUUUGGCAAUGUCAUGGAAGUUUUCGGGACGUAG